GACAUUUUCCUAGACUUCCAAACAAUCCACUCGUACUUUCUUAUCUUUUUAGAUUAUUUUCAACGAGUUAUAGUGGUGAAUUUGUACUCACCAGUUGUGCAUCAUAGUACACAAUAUUAAUGAAUGAAAUGGUGAACGUACUGGAAAAUCGGCCAUUACUCAAUCAAAUAUCAACCGAAAAUGAUAAGAGCCCAACCGAUUUAACAACAAAAUUUUUAAAUAUCAUUCGUUACGAACCCGAACCUACUGCUAGGGAAUUAAAUGAGAUUUGCUCUGAAGUUAAAUCGAAGUUAGGAACGAUUGACUGUAUCGAUGAAGAUUGGUAUGGUUGGGAACCGAUUCACUUCGUAGCAAGAAAUUGUAACGUUGAGAAUCUUCAAGUUAUUCUUGAUUAUAUUGAUGAUCGAGCCGUGAAUUCGUUGACGUACUUCUCGGAAAACGCCUUACACGUUCUUCUUCAAUAUGAAAAAUCCGUAACACCUUUUAGUGCUUCAUUACAUAACGGCAGCGAAUCGAAAGCUAUAGCUAUCUUAGGACCCGAAAAUCCCGCUAUCGAACAAUGCGCUAAGCUUCUUAUUGAAAGAGGAAUUGACGUGAAUCACACAAACUGUUGGAAUGAGACGCCAUUGAGCUUAGCGAUUAGAUACAGAUAUAUAAAAUUAAUAAAUUUUCUCCUCACAAUAGAUUAUUUAGACUUGGAUAGCUUCAAGGAAUGCGGUAAACCUCUACGACAAUAUCUAAAAUGGAAUUUAUACAUCAACUUACCUCAGUCGUAUGUAGAAGAAGAAGAUAUUUCAACCAUGAGAUUCAAUUUAUUAAAAUCUGGCGAUGAAGAAAGUUUCAUGAGUUAUAAAAUUGAGAGUAUUAGUGACAGUGUUAAUUGUUUCGAUGGGAAUGAUGCAUACAAUAGUAGUGGUACCAUGCUACAACUUUGUAUGAUAAAAGGAUACUUGGAAUUUAUACAAGAUAAACAUUCUAACGUGAAAAAACUGAUCAAUUACGAUAUUAAAGAUACUCCCUUGUUAACUAUCUUUAAAGCGAAAGGAAUGUCAAGGUGCAUAAUAUUUUUGUUAGACAACGGAGCCGACCCUUCAAUAACUUCAAGAAAAUUUCCAAAAACGCUUUUAGAAUACUCGGCAAUCAGAGGAUAUUAUCCUUUUGUAGCAAUUCUAUUAUAUCACAAAAACAGCAAAAUAAAUUCGAAUGAAAUAUUUUCUAUUUUGACUAAACUAUCGUCUAUAUUAUUGGAUGUUGAAAAUAUAUCUAAGGCAUUUUAUAUAAAAUGUGUAAUCUAUUUACUUUUGAAUAAAUUAGUGAUUUUAAAUAGAUAUAAUAAAGAGAGACUAACACAUAAGAAACUUGAAGUAUUGAACAAGAUACUACACCAGUUAAAUUUGGAGAACGACGAUCUUCAGAUGGACGAUUCAGAAAUGAUUUGUCUUAUUUUACACUUGGGUGCAAGUUUGACAGCCUGCGAUCCGAAAGCUGAUCGAAAUGAUUAUCAUAAAAUGAUCGUGCAACGUUUAGAUCAGAAUAUUUUAAAGUCUCAUUUUGAUGAUUGUAUUCAAGGGACACGGUUUAUAUAUGAUAGUAUAAUACAAGAUGAUAAUAAAGUAUAUGAUGAGAAUAGGACUUUAAAUUUCUUGGUAAAAGAUAGUUCAAAAAGAAAGUUAUUAGUUCAUCCGUUGAUAAUUGAGUUAACAAGACAAAAGUGGGCUAAAAUGUGCAGGUUUUUUUACGUUGAUAUGUUGUUGUAUACAAUGUUUUUAUUGAGCAUUUAUGUUUAUAUGAUUUAUACACAUUUCAAUCAGUCUUCUUUUUAUAUCGAUAGUGUAUUUUAUUUAUUACUAAUUAUUCAUUUUGGAAAAGAAACAAUGCAGCUUUUAUUAUUGUACGGAUCUAAAUAUUUUUACGAAACUUCUAAUAAUUUAGAAGUGACAACCAUAUUUUGUUGUAUAAUAACUGUUUUAUAUCCCAAUAUUUAUACUUCUGUUUUGUCUAUAUUAGUAGGAACAUUAAUAUUUUUCAUUAUGCUAGGGCAACUUCCAUUCUUUUCUAAGUAUACAAUAAUUUUUAGUUCAAUUAGGUACUUCUUCCAAUACACUGGGUUUUAUUUCAUACAGUUUGUCUCUUUCGCGUUAAGCUUUUAUAUAGUUUUUCCGUUUCCAGACUCAUCCGAUAACCCUAAAUGGGGAGAUAUAUUUAAAAGCUUAUUUUACACCCUGAUACAUUUUACUGGAGAAUUUAACGAUAGGGUUUUAGAACCUACAGAAUAUCCAGUUUUCGGAAGAAUAACAAUGACUGUAUUUAUCUUUUGUAUGACUAUUAUAUUGAAUAACUUAUUGGUGAGUCUUAUGGUUUCGGAUAUGGAUAACAUACAAAAAAGAGGCAGAUUGUAUAAGCAAGUUAAAUUAACGAGUUUUAUAGAAAGUACGAGUAGAUUCGUUAAACGGUUACAUGAUUUCAAGUAUCUCAAUUUUAUCAAAAAUAUUUUGAAACACGUGAAUAUUUUUAGAAAAGGACAUGAAAAAGUAUUUAUAAAUGUGAACAUUGCUAAAUUCAAAGAUGAAAAUAAAGAAUAUUUGGAAGAUAUUAAAAAACGGGAAGUCUUUGAUACAAAUGUUUUGAAAGAUGUUUAUACAAUUUUAUUAAAAUAAUUUGUAAUGUCUACAUGUAAAUUGAAGAAUAAAUAAAAAUGUGUCUAAUUGGUA